AUGAUGCGGUCUAUUUUGAUAUUGAUCGUGCUCGUCAACGUUUCAUGGGUAUACGGUAAGUUUUUGUUUAUUAAGUAGGGUGGGGUAAUAACAAAACGUUGAAAACGCUUUAGGGAGAAUCAAAAUUACGUUUUUAAAAUGUUUUAAAGUUUUGCACCGUGCAAACGGUCUAAAAGCCGGUUUUGAGCAUUGCACAGUGCAAUGUUUUAAAAUUUUUAAUUUUUUUUAAAUUUAAAAAAUAAAAAAAAUUUUGUAGCUGGUGACGAUCCGUUUGCUGACAUUUUCGAUUUGAGCGUUGUUUCAAUGGAAAUACCAUUCACCAGUGAUCUGUUUAUCAUGAACAACACCCAAUUGAUCAAUGACAUCAACGAGAAAUUGGUAAGUUUUACGGCUUAGUAAACUUGACUUCGUAGGCUUAGUUUUUCGUAAACUUAGACUUAGUAGGCUUUGGCUUAUUUGGUGCAGGCUUUCUUUACAGAACAUAAAAUGGCAAGAACUUUCUUUACAAAACAUAAAAUGGCAAGACUAAAAGUGGCUUACUAAGCGUAGGCUUAUUAGGCUUGCGCAUAGUAAUAUUAACUUAGCAAGCUUAAGCUUAGUACGUUUAGAUUUAUUGAGUUUAGGCUUAGACUCAGCAUAAUUAAGCUUAAUCAAUAUCUUUAACUAGGCUUAAGUUUGAUAAGCUUAAGUUUAGCAAUUGGGCUUAGUAGAGUUUGUCGUAGUAGACUCGGGCUUAAGUUUAGUAGGCGUAGGCACAGUAGGCUUUAUAUUAGUAUGCUUAGGCUUAGCAACUUUAAGCUCAUUAGGUUUAAGCCCUGUAAGCUUAGGCUUAGACUCAGCAUGCUUAAAUUUGAUCAAUUGUUUAGUAGGUUUAAGACUAAUAAGCUUAAUUUUAGUAAUUAGGCUUAGUAGAGUUUGUCGUAGUAGAGCCGGGCUUAAGCUUAUAGUUAGUAAGCGUAGGCACAGUAGGCUUUAUAUUAGUAAACCUUAGGCUUACCACUAGUAUUCCUAAACUUACUCAAUAUUUUCAGAGGAAGGCCCGACCAAAGAACCACGAGAACUUUGUCAAGCACAUGAAGGACAAGUUGAACAAAAGACCAAGCAGACUCAUGGUGGACGACGAGGUGGUAAGGUUUUUAUCAAAUUUUUAAAUUUUUUAAAAAAUUUAAAAAAAAUUUUUUUUUAAUUUUAAAAAUUUUAAAAAAAUCAAAAUCUGUUUUUCGAUUUUUUACUGUAAGGUAGGGUAGAGUAAAAGCAUACUUUUAAAAUUUGGUUGUUUUUUGGUUAAGUGGACCAGCUCUGGACUGGUUCACAAAAAAAUUUAAUUUUUUUAAAAAAAUUGGUUUUUGAAAAAAAAAUGAGUUUUGCUAUAAAUUUUUUUAAUUUUCAGGGCCUUCAAAGAGCUACUCCAGAGCUGGUCGCCAAUUUCCGAAACAGCCGCACUCCCUACCUGCUUCUCACCGUCAGCACCGAGGAACUUCAUUAAAUCAUAUCUGUUUUGAAAAAUAAAAUUUUUGUAUUUUUUGAAUUUUUCUUGUUUUUUAUAGUUGGAAAAUAAGAUUUUGUUACCUGAAAUUUGAAAAAAAUAAAUUUUUUGUUACUUAAACUUUAAAAAAUAGAAAUUUUGUUACUUAAAAUUAAAAAAACCUUUUUUGUUACCUAAAAUUUGAAAAAAAUACCUAAAUUUCAAUUAUUUAAAAAGAAGUCUAGAAGCCAAAAGCCAACCGCGAAGGCGAGCGCUACAGAUUUCCGGUCAGUUUGCCAUUGAUCGGAUUCAAAACGUCAUUAAGGAAGAAGGGACUCCAAGAACUAUUCGAACGAUCAGCUAAACGGAAACAAGUAAGCUUCCUAACAGCUUAGUCUAAGGAUAGAGAUAAAACUAAAGCUAGAGGUAGAGCUGGAGCUAGAGCUAGAGCUAAAGCUGGAGCUGGAGCUGGAGCUGGAGCUGGAGCUGGAGCUGGAGCUGAAGCUGGAGCUAGAGCUAGAGCUAGAGCUAGAGCUAGAGCUAGAGCUAGAGCUAGAGCUAGAGCUAGAGCUAGAGCUGGAGCUGGAGCUAGAGCAAAAGCUGGAGCUAGAGCUAGAGCUAGAGCUAGAGAUAGAGCUAGAACUAGAACUAGAACUAAAACUAAAACUAAAGCUAGACCUACAUAAAGCUAGAUUUAGAGCUAGAAGUAGUAGGAAUAAGAAACGGGCUGGGACUAAAUUUGAAGAUCGGUCCGGACUCUAA